UUCCAAUGCAAUAAAUAGUUUAUUUUGUUUAAGCUUCCAAGAAGUUGGCGUAUUAACGGUUUUAAUGCUCUUGAAUUGUACACUUCUAAACCAAGACAAUGUUUGAUUAACGGUUCUUUAAAGAUUUUAUUUAUUAUUUAGAGUCUAACUUUCAUAUUAAGAACGUGCUAGCGCAAGUGUGAUUGAAAAAAAUAUUCCAAAUACGGAAAUAAAAAUUAUCAAGUAUUAGAAAUUACUAUUGAAAUCUAGUAUAUAAACAAAACUAAAAGUAAACACCUGCAUAAAAUGCAACAUUUGAAAACGUAAACAAGUGAAUACAAUAUAAUGAAAACCUCAAAGCCUUAAAGCAAAAAACACAAUGCAAUAUUCGUCUAAAUUAUGUGCUUUUAAUUUUGUAAACAAUUAAAAAUCAUAACUAAAUACAUCAUAUAACAAGCAAAAUGGUCUCAUAUUACAACGCCCUGCCUUAUUCUCAGAAACAUACUUCGAGUAAUUUGAACUACCCCCCCACUCAGCCUUGGCAGUGGACAGCAAAUUAUCCUACAUCAGCAAAUCAUCAACUCCUGAACGAGAUGGAAUCGUCGCAUAGCCAUCAUCAGGUUUAUUAUAAUACGCACCACAUGUUCCACCCACCAGGCAGCUCUGCCGCGGAAUGGCAUUCUCCUUUAUCAAAUACCGAAAAUUUGCUACAAAAUGCACCUCAUAUGCAACAACUUAUCAAUGAAUCGAAUGAUGGCACUGUUGUAGGUAACACUACAACUAGUUCAGGUCGCAGCACUAAUUCAACAGGCCCUCCUUCUGCAGAAAUUAUAUCAAUAAACGAGUCCAGGCGAGGCUUAAAUGAGCAUCAUAUUAACGAAAGUUUACCAUCACCUACCUUAGCAAUAUCAGGAAGUAAUGUUUCCAGCCCAGAAGUUUCUUUAACAACAUCGUCACCACACCUCCCUUCAAAUAGUAGUAACAACAGUGGGACAAAUAUUGUUAAUGCUUCUUACAAUAACCAAGCUUCUCCUGUAAAAGCUCAGUAUUAUGAGUGGAUGAAAAAACCAUCGUAUCCAUCUCAACCUGCGCCCGGAAAAACUCGUACGAAGGACAAAUAUAGAGUGGUAUAUACCGAUUUUCAGCGAUUAGAGCUCGAAAAGGAAUACUGCACUUCUCGCUACAUAACUAUACGACGCAAAACCGAGUUGGCGCAAAUUCUUUCAUUGUCUGAGAGACAAGUGAAGAUUUGGUUCCAAAAUCGAAGAGCCAAAGAAAGAAAGCAAAAUAAAAAAAAUUCUGACACAACAUCUUUGGCAAGCACGGUUCCCCACUGCGAACACCCAAAUUCAAUCGGUACAAAGCCUAAGAUAGAGCCUGGUCUUCAUCUUCAGCAUACGUUGCAUUCAAUGACGACUAUAAGUAUGCCAACAAUGGGAUUGCAUCACAUGAGUCAUCACCACCCAUUUGCAAUGGCGGCCCCUCCAUCACAUCAGCUACAUACACAACGUGCUCAGAUGUCUACAGCUGUAGCGAGCGUUAGUUCAAUGGCACUGUGACAAUAUUAUAAUUACCUUUUACAAUAGCAAUUUUAUUAUAACCACAAAUUAUAUAUUAACAAUUAACUGUAAAGGAGGUACUGAUUUAUACCCC